CAGUGAGUCCAUUGACAACAUAAACAUUGCGUUAGUAUUAAAUGAAUCCAAUAGUUCACUCAUUGUGUGGUCCAUUGAACGCCAUUGAACACAAGUUGUGGUUAUUAUUGAGUCAUAAGUGUUGAGUGAAUUGAUUAGUAUCGGAUAGUCAUCGGCAGCGAUGGUGAACACGGAAGACACGGACAAAAGGCAAUCGGAUGGCUCUCUGGAGCGGUCAUCGCCGGACCAGUUGGUGGAGUGGGACGAAGAGACGGGUGAAUACGAAGUGGACACCGAUGUGAGCAUCAGACCCAUCCGUUUCGCUCAACAGGAUCUCACCGAUAUGGCCACCGAUAAGGGCUUCGAGUUCGAGACGGCCGAUGAGGUGACGGAAGGGGAAAAGGAUGAGUUAGACGCCCGACACAACUACUGGACCAGAGAGCAGAUGAUGUCCUACUUGGAGGUGAGCCCCAAACCCGUGGAAGACCUGUGCGAACAGCCGGACCUCUACGACGAGCGCAUCAAAUGCAUGGAACCGCUGGUGAAGGACGGCGUGUACAAGAAGCUGGUGCGCAGGGGGGCCGGGGAUGUGGUGACUGUGGACAGCGCCGUACUCUAUAACCUGAACGCC